AUGCACGUCUCGCACGUUAGCCAAGUCUCCUUGGCCUUCUCGGCUUACUUUGCCUUAGAUGAUGCACUAGCUGACUCGAUGCAGGUCAACCCCGCCGAGCAUACACAGACUACGGCAACUGAACGACUCGAUCGACCAGAUUUGCAAAACAGAGGGCGUCCCAGGCGUUUCGAUUGGGGUCAUUGA